CAGGCCCGUGCAGGGCGGGGUGAAGCCGCGGCGCGAUCCAAGGCUGCGCUGGGCUUGGGCGGAAGCCGGGAGGCUCCGCCGCCAUGGAGGCGCUACUGCUGGGCGCGGGGUUGUUGCUGGGCGCCUACGUGCUCAUCUACUACAAUCUGGUGAAGGCCCCGCAGUGCGGCGGCAUCGGCAGCCUGCGGGGCCGGACGGCAGUGGUCACGGGCGCCAACAGCGGCAUCGGCAAGAUGACAGCACUGGAGCUGGCGCGCCGGGGAGCGCGUGUGGUGCUGGCCUGCCGCAGCCGGGAACGUGGGGAGGCUGCUGCCUUCGACCUUCGCCAGGAGAGUGGGAACAAUGAGGUCAUCUUCAUGGCCUUGGACUUGGCCAGUCUGGCCUCGGUGCAGGCCUUUGCCACUGCCUUCCUGAGCUCUGAGCCUCGGCUGGACAUCCUCAUCCACAAUGCCGGAAUCAGUUCUUGUGGCCGGACCCGGGAGGCCUUUAACCUGCUGCUUCGAGUAAACCACAUCGGCCCCUUUCUGCUGACACAUCUGCUGCUGCCCCGCCUGAAGACAUGCACCCCUAGCCGUGUGGUUGUGAUAUCUUCAGCUGCCCAUCGGCGUGGGCGCCUCGACUUCACCCGCCUGGAUCGCCCAGUGGUGGGCUGGCAGCAGGAGCUGAGGGCAUAUGCUGACAGUAAGCUGGCCAAUGUAUUGUUUGCCCGUGAACUCGCCACCCGGCUUGAGGGCACUGGUGUCACCUGCUAUGCAGCCCACCCAGGACCUGUGAACUCGGAGCUGUUCCUACGACACAUUCCUGGAUGGCUGCGCCCACUUUUAUGUCCCCUGGCUUGGCUGGUGCUCCGGACACCCAAAGGGGGUGCCCAGACACCGCUGUACUGUGCUCUACAAGAAGGCAUUGAGCCCUUCAGUGGGAGAUAUUUUGCCAACUGCCAUGUGGAAGAGGUACCCCCAGCUGCCCGAGAUGACCGUGUAGCCCAUCAGCUGUGGGAGGCCAGCAUGAAGCUGGCAGGACUUGGGGCUGAGGAAGAGGAUGAACCUGACGAAGAGCCCCCGCUGGAGGACCUAAGGACCCCAUCUUCACUGAGCACUCCCUCCCCUGAGGAGACCACAGAUUCUGAACCUUCCCCCCCUGGCCCUCAGAGAUCAACAGACUUGUCUAAGGUGACUCACCGAAUUCCGGUGAAAGUUGAGCCUGAGCCCCAAGUCUCCUAAGCCCCAGGCCAGGAUGCUUUUCAUGGCACUCCUUGACUCCCAGAAACAACAGCUGUAUGCCAGGCUAUGCCCUGGGCACUGAGGGGGUUGCCAUAUUUACCUCCAUGGUUACUUUCUGGGGGCUCUGGGUGUGUCCUGGAAGGAAACAUUUCUUCCUGAGAGGGACAGUGACGCCUGAUUCAGGAGUGGAGGCUAAUGUGCUUCCCGGGAAUUUAAAUUUCAGAUUUCCAGGCCCUACCCUGGGUGGUUCAGAUCGGAUCUGGAGCUGAGCCAGGGAAUUUGUGAUUUGAUGCAUUGCCGACACUGAGAAGGACUUAAGCCCUUUGCAGCCAUAUAGACAGGUAGUUACCCCAUUUUGGCCGGCUUAUGAUCCAAGCACUCUAGACACAGGCAGAAGGAUCGCUGAGUUUAAAACCAGCCUGAACUCCAUAGGGAGACCUUGACUCCAAAAAACAUUACCCCAUUUUACGGAGCUGGGAUAAGGUCGGUAGGAAAAGAUUCGCAAAAGGAGUAAACCAGUAAGAACAGGGACUGCAAUUUGAGUCCUGGGGUCUGCCAUCAGGACCUACUGCUGUGAGGUGGGUAUCCCGGGGUAGAGCGGGGACAGUGGUUAUCGAGGUGCCCCAAGGAACUAGGGAGACGCUCUCCACGGUGCUUUAGGGCUGGGUCCCUUAGGGUGGCGCCCCCAGUAAUAAAACGAGUUGCCGCUUGA